UAUCUGCCUGCGCCGCUCGUUAUCGCCAGCGUCCAGGACUGCGUGGCCGUGGACAACUGGGUCGUUCUUUUUUGUUUGGGCCCAAAUUUCAGAGAGAGGCGACCCAAAAGAGCUCCAUCCGCUUCUCCCACACAGCCGCAUCCGCUCCUCCCAAAAGAGCCCCAUCCGCUCCUCCCACGCAGCCGCCUCUCUCUCUCUCUCUCUCUCUCUCUCUCUCCCACAACCCAAUCGCGUGUCUCCUGCCCUCGAAUCUCCAGCAGGUAGCCAUUCACGAGCAAGAAGCAGGUCAGGAGGUGAGGAUGGUGUAGACGACGCAGGAGGAGGCUGCGUCGGCACAGGCAUCAGCGACAUAGGAGGGGCGGCGACGGCACUGGUGGACGCAACACAGGAGGCUGCAGCGACUGGAGAUCCAAGUCCCCUUCGAGUAAAGACCCAGGCUCCAUCUUCCUCCGGCUCGGUGGCCUGUACUGAUUUGGUUUUGCAUUGCAGCCACAAGCUUCAAUCCUAGAAAGCCUCAAGCUGGGAAUUAUUCGUUGCUGACUGAAGCAAGCUUAGCUAACUGGGCCAUGCUAACUGGGAGCUGCAGCUGCUAGAUGUCUUCCAUGGAAUCUUCAUCAAGUGGUGAUGAUGAAGCGGGGAGACAAACUGGUUCUGAGGAAGUAGAAUCACCCAUUGAUGACGAGCAGCAGCAGUCUGUGCCUGGGCCUGUGUGUCGACCCCGAAAACCAAGGACACCAUCUAAGUGGCCAACUGACAAGGUUGUUGUCACCGAGAUUAGUCCAGAUGGGAUGCCAACUGACGUGAGAGCACAACGAAGAUUGCGGUUGCUUGCUGGUUUGAUUGCUAGGCAAAAGCUAUCCUUAGUUAUGCCAUCAUUCAAAGACCUUACUGAUGAGAACAAACAGAAAUUGUUUGAUAAACAUGUCAUGCCCCAUUUGGAGUUCCCACCUGAAAUGAAGUCUGAGGGGUUUAGGACUAUAAUGAAGGUGAUAUCUAAGAGUUGGAGAACCCACAAAAAUAGGCUAGUGACCAAUUUUAUUGAGAAAAACCUUAGUCCCUUCAAGCAGCACCCGUACAUUGAACCUGAAGAUUGGGUAGAAUUUGUGGCAUUGAAGCAGUCCGCAGAAGCAGUAGCGGCAAGUGACAAAUACAAAAUGCUUCGGCAAAAUAAUGUGCACAACCAUCGUCUAGGCACAGCAGGGUAUGAGGGGAAAUUGAAACAGUGGGAGGCGGAGGAUGUAGAUUUAUCCACUAAAGGCAUCCCUAACCCAUGGGACAACUUCCCUGAAGGCCGCCCUAGGCAGUGGCUGCGAGCAAGGAGUAAGCUUGUUAGGUCAGAAGAUAAAGCUGAGAUCAUCUGGUCACAGGAUUCAACCAAAAAAAUCUCUGAAGACAUUAAAGAGAAGCAGUUAGUCGCAGAAUCCUCAGGCAUCACUUGGGUCAGGGAGAAUGAUGUGCUAACUGCAUGUUUGGGCCCUGAACAGCCAGGUCGAGUGCGCGGUGUUUCAGGUUACACUGGAUGGAGACAUGGAUGGCCUGAGUGUUCUAGCAUGUACAGAAAGAGAAAGAGGUCGGAUGUAGAUGUGGAAGCGAUAACAGCUCAAGUUAGACAAGAAAUUACAGCUCAAGUCACAGAAGAUGUGACAGCCAAGGUCACAAAAGAGGUUAGCGCCAAGGUCACACAGGAUAUCAUGUCCUAUCUUGCAGACCAAGGAUUUCACAUAAGGCCACCACCUUCUAGGACCCCUAGUCCUGCUUGCGGACGGAGGAGCAGUUGUGCCUCUGCCUCCAAUGCUGUUGCAAAUGAACUAGAGUUGGAGAAUAUUUCAUUUGAUCCGGAUACCAUUGAUCUUCUCAAACAGCCAACCCAAUGUUCCCUUGUAGCAAACCUUAGAGGCUAUCAAGUUGUGGUUGCAGAGGGUCGGGUGUUCCCACAGGAAAUUGAACUACAAUCAGUCCCAAUAGACUACGAGCAUGCAGUUGUCCAAGUGGAAAAUGUACAUCCAGGUUAUGAGGAUUAUGUGCUGCAGUCACCCCCUGAUGAUGAUACAAAUACACUUGGAGAAGCUCUACUAAAGAGAAUACAGUGGAGGAGGUUGCACAUUCUAGUCAACAGUACACUUGAGACCCAGCCAACCCUAUCUCAACCAAAUGAGAUCACAAAGAGUGCCAAGAGUGCUUCGAAGGGCACUAAUGCUAUUAUUUCUACAAAGCUACUUUCGGGGGCCAAAUCAACUUCUUCAAAUCAUCAGUCUCCUGCCAUAUCAUCUGAUGCAACAAAGAGUGUGUCAAAGGAGCCUAAUGCAGCCAAUCCUUCAAAAAAUCAAAAGAGCUUAGAGAGCGGGGCUGUUGCUAACACUCAGCUGCCCACGCAGCCAAAAGUAGGUACUAAGGCUGUUGGAGGGAGUGGAAAGCCACCUAUGCAACACAAAGGGGCGAGUAAGGCUGAUGGAGAGAAUGUAAAGCCACCCAUGCAGCAAAAAGUAUCCAGUAAGGCUGCUGGAGAGAGUGAAAAGGCGGUCACACAUCAAAAGUUGGCUAGUAGGGCUGUUGAAGAAAGUCUAAAACCACAACUGCAGCAGCAAAAAUGGUCUUCUAAGUAUAAAUGUGGUCAGCCAUUUCUUCCAGCAAUGGACCUCAAGAUAGUAGGACCUGGGUGCACUGCUCUUCAUGCUCAUUACAUGAAAGAUUGUGCCGACAAUGAGAAGAGUGGGAUAUUGGUUAGGUUCAAGGGUAUUUAUAUGUUGAAUUCAUCAGAUUUUGAGGUCGGGCUUGUGAGGUACAAUCAUCUAUAUGACUUCUUCAACUUUGGCGCAUUGGAUUGCUCCCUUCUUCGAUGCUUGACAUUAUCACUAUUUGUAGAAGCUAAGGCUAAGGACAUCCCUGUGGGAUUUCUUGAUCCACAACUAAUGUCACUGGAUAGCAUAAAGUUUGAUAGAGCAGCUGUUCUGCAGUAUGUGCAAAAAGCCUUCACCAAAUAUACCAGCAAAGACUUCAUAAUGUUUGCCUACAACUCUGGUGGCCAUUGGGUCGUUGUGAUAGUAAUUCAAAAGUGGAAUAAAGUGAUAUACCUUGAUUCCAACAAAUCUGGAAACCAUGAUUUCAGCAUGUUAAAAUUGUUGAUUGAUGAGGCUUUUGCAACACACACAAGCAAGAUGAAAGACAAACCAAAGCCAUUGACACAUGCUGCUAAAUAUGCGUGCCACCAACAAUCUAUUUCCGGCAAAGGAUCUAGCUUCUAUGCUGCACACCACUUGAUUUUAGCCAUGAGACAAACAAACUUGGAAUGCCCUGAGGAAUUUGAAGUGUUGACGAAGCCCAUCGAUGUGCACAUGAUUAGAGAAAAGUUGGCCAUGUUCUUAGUGACACAUGUCAUCAACAAGAAAGGAGAGUUCUAUCAUCCGAAUUAACCAUCAGUGAUGUGUGAUUGCCAUUAAUAUGGAUCUAGUGAUGUAGUGUGUGAUCGAAUAAGUUAAGUCCAAUGUUGUGAUGCAUUUCAAACAAGUUGUAAACCUAUUGUGAAUCUGUCAAUGAAUUUGAUAUAAAUGUGGAUCUGUUAAUGUACCGUGUGACUGAAUAUUGAUGACUUUCAUAUGUAUGUGUUGUGAACAUUGUAGUAUGUGGCUCUGAUGAAAAAUACAAGUGACAUAAACAA